AAACCCUAAACCCGCCUCGCUUAUCUUAUCUUCCCAAACCCCAAUGCCAUCUUAUCCGCCGGACAAAACUCACCGGAAUCCGUAAAAUUUUCCGGCAUCCACCGUUGGAUUCUCCGAACAGCUUGACUCUAAAUCCCGAUGAUUCUGUCUCGCUCUUCUUCUGUGCUCCAUUUGUACGGACUCUCAUCGGCGCCGAAGCUCCUGUCUCAGAAACUCAAGCUCACGUUACCUCUCGCUUAUGGUUCUUCUGCUUCGUCGUCUUCUUCGAUUCGUUUCCGUUUGAUCUGUCUGAGCCGGUCUGAUGGGAAAUGGGUUCGUGGGUUUGCGUCGGCAACAUCAGCGGAAGCAGAAGCCGAGAGAAAUGUGAAAGAAACGUUCUUCGCGGAAGAUUCAAUUUCAUGGAAGUCUCUGGGGUUAUCUGAUGGGGUGUCUCAAGCUCUCAGAGCAUCCGGUUUCGAGAGACCGUCUCUUACGCAGGCGGCUUGCAUACCGUCUAUAUCGUCGGGAAAAGAUGUUGUAGUUGCUGCAGAAACUGGUAGUGGUAAAACACAUGGAUACCUUGCUCCAAUAAUCGAAAAGCUAUCAGAUUACCCUCUUGAAUACGAGGGUUCUAAUAGCGAUCAGAUUUCGAUACCACCGAGCAAGAUUGCUCUCAUUCUAUGCCCGAAUGUGCUGCUCUGUGAGCAAGUGGUCCGGAUGGCUGCUAGUUUGUUGGGAGAGGACGGGAAUCCGCUUCUUAGAGUUGAAGCCGUUUGUGGAACACAGGGCUGGCCAGUUAAACGGCCAGAUAUUAUUGUGUCAACUCCUGCUGCUCUUCUGAAUAAUAUAGAUCCGAAAAGAAAGAGGCGUUUGGAUUUUCUUAGAUCCGUAAAAUAUGUGGUAUGUUUUCUUAGUUACCAGACAUAUUAAUAUGUUCUGCUCUUUUCUGAAAUUGAACUUCCUGCUGUGCUUCUCUGUGGAAGCUUCCAGAAUCAGGUUAUCCGUCUGAUAAACAUGUUCCGGUUUGACGAGAAACAGGUGUCUCGCUUGACUACAGCUGAACUCGGGAAACCGGUGGAAAUAGAUGUUGGCUCGUUAUCACAAUGUGUUUCUGAAGAUGAGGAGAAUACAGAAGAGAACACAGAAAUCUAUGAUGAGUCUAGCUCUGAGGAUGAUGAAGUUGGUCAUCUUGAUGUUGAUAUUCAGGUCUCGACCAAUGAAACUGGAACCAGGUCCAAUAACAGAAAAGACUGGAGAAGGGUAAGGAAAAGCUAUAAGAGGAGCAAGCAGUAUAUUUUUGUAGCUGCAACACUUCCGGUUAAUGGGAAAAAAACUGCUGGAGCAGUUUUGAAACAUAUGUUUCCUGAAGCUAGUUGGGUUAGUGGAAACUUUCUUCACCGACACAAUCCAAGACUUGAGCAGAAAUGGGUAGAAGUGACAAUUGAAACACAGGUAGAUGCUCUUAUAGAGGCUGUAAACCACGGUCUGAAAUCUGAAGGAUUAGAAAAUAGCGGUAAGGCAGUCAGAACGAUGGUGUUUGCAAACACUGUGGAAGCAGUUGAAGCAGUGGCAAAUAUAUUGGAGAGAGCCAGUAUCCAAUGUCAUCGCUAUCACAAGAAUCACCCGCUCGAAGAACGUGCUAAGAUAUUGUCUGAUUUCCGCGAGAAAGGCGGUAUCUUUGUCUGCACUGAUGCUGCUGCUCGUGGAGUUGAUGUCCCGAAUGUCUCACAUGUUGUUCAGGCCGAUUUUGCCACUUCUGCGGUAGAUUUCCUGCAUAGGAUAGGCCGGACAGCGAGAGCUGGCCAAUAUGGACUUGUGACUAGCCUUUACACCGAGGCUAGCCGUAACUUAGUGGAAGCAAUCCAUCAAGCAGUGAAGACGGGUCAGCCCGUGGAAACAGCAUUCAGCAGGUUCCGGAACAAGCUCAAAAAGAGAGGUCCUGUGAGGGGAGCUGAAGCUGUUGGAGUUUAAGAUGUAAAACAAUUUGAUGUGAGGAUUUGUAUAGAAUGCAAAAAAAAAAAAAAAUGAAACUUGGCAUUAUGGUCUUCUUGUAACAUUGUAUGCACUUCUUUGUUAAAAGCCACUUGUGUUGUUUGAACUGAAAAA